AUGGCAAUGAUCCCAUUUUUGAGAGCAGAAGUAUUUCUUAAGGGUUUCAUAAGUUUACCAUUGAAUACAGGUGAUUUGAAUUGUGAAACCUGCACUGUAACACGAGGUGGAUUGGUGGGGCUUGUUUUCGAUGGUCUAUACCCUGUUUUCUUGGCUAUACCUGUCAAUGGUGGCCUCACUGCCAGGUAUGCCUCAGCCCUGCUACCAGAGAAUGGAAACAUCUUAACCCACUGGAUCAGAAUUUCUAAGCCUAUCUUUAGAAAGAUGUUACUCCCUAUUUUGCUCCUCACUGGAUUUGCAGCAUACCUUGGUUCUAAGACAAUAUAA